UAUAAGGGUGAUGGCAGAGCAGCACGAUACAAUUUAUGUUUACUUCUUGAAAAUGGGCAUUAUCAUUAUAUUGGACGCCCUGAACAACUUUUUUCUGUGCAACGCUUUUGUAUCGAUUGCGAACGUUCUUAUACCCGUUGGAAACAUUGGUCCGGGUGUAGUGUUGUUUGUAGAUUCUGCAUGCGAUCAGGUGCUAAUUUCCCUUGCCAGAUUGAGGAAAAAGUGGCAUGUCAAAAUUGUGGAUUUAUCUUCCCAUCCCGUCCGUGUUAUGAUUAUCAUCUAAUAAAUUCUGCCCCUGAAGAAUUAAUUAGAUCCGAUCGACGCACUUUUGCUUCCAUUUGCCAAAUGCGGCGUAUCUGUAGCAUAUGUCACCAUAUUAUUUAUGAACAACAGCAACACGAUUGUCUUCAACAACAACAACAACAAAAUUUAAUUUCCUUUAAAUGUUCAAGAAGAUUCAGAGUCUGA